AUGAACAUUAUACACCAUGGUUGGCCCGAAAAACGCAAGAAAUGUCCAUCCCAAGCACUAGAAUAUGAACUGACAGAGAUAGAUGGCAUUAUAUUUAAGGGUCACAAGAUACUCAUACCAAGAGACUUAAGAAGCCAGAUGAUGGAAGCUGUACAUAUAGGUCACAUGGGUAUGGAAAAAAGCUUUAGGAGAGCUAGAGACAUUAAAUUUUGGCCCAGGAUGUCAGCAGACAUCACGAACAUGGUUCUGGAAUGUGGAGUUUGGUUAGAGAGAAGAAACUCGAACACUCAAGAGCCACUGAUCAGCCAUGAUAUUCCAGACUAUUCAUGGGAGACCAUAUCUACAGAUUUGUUCACAUGGAGCAACCAGGAGCAUCUCUUAGUAGUCGAUUACUACAGUAGAUACUUUGAAGUAGAGAAACUACACAAGACAACCAGUCAAGCUGUUAUAGACAGGAUGAAGAAGAUGUUAAGUAGGCUUGGUAUUCCACGAAAAGUCGUAUCGGAUAAUUGUCCGCAAUACACAAGCCAAGAUUUAUCCACAUUUGCUCAGGAUUAUGACUUUAGCCAUGUCACUUCCAGUCCAAAGUAUCCAAAGUCCAAUGGACUAGCGGAGAAGACAGUACAGAUUGCCAAAAGAAUUUUGGACAAGAGCAAGGCAGAUGGGAAAGAUUAUAACCUAGGAUUAGUGGAAUACAGGACAACGCCUUUGAGCUUAGGCUACUCGCCCGCCCAACUUUUGAUGAGUCGCAAGUUGAGGUCCAUACUUCCAGUAGUUCCAGAUGAUCUGAAACCAAAGGUGCCAGUCAGGGUCAAGGAAUUGAUGGAAGCAGAGAGAGAGAAACAGAAAGGAUACUAUGAUCGCAGUGCUAAGCCUUUUCCACUCCUUUCAGUAGGAGACAGUAUAAGGUACCAAGAAGGGAAACUAUGGAAACAAGGAAUAGUCACCAAGGAAGAAGGAGACAGAUCGUACACAGUUAAAAGCACCGAAGGAGCAGUAUACCGGAGAAACAGACGACACCUGAUCAAGUCAAAAGAAAAGUUCGAGCCUGAUGUGUCAGAUUCCAAUAUCGUCAAUUUCAGAGAACCUUCUACUUCACCCCCCAUUCGAACUAGUCCUUCCAAUCCUGUUGAACCAAUCUCAGAAACAGCUACUGAGGCAAAGCAUGACUCCCCUGCUACAUGUAAUCCCACCCCUUAUAUAACUCGUUAUGGUAGGAUUGUUAAGCCCAAAGUAAUUUUGUCAAUGUAG